AUGACGAAAACACGCUUCAAUACCUACGACGUUGUGUGCUCCGUUACGGAGUUACAGAGAUUGAUUGGCAUGCGAGUGAACCAAAUCUAUGACAUAGAUAACAAAACGUAUCUGAUCCGGUUAGCUCGAAAUGAGGAGAAGGUGGUGCUACUGCUGGAAUCUGGAUUGCGCUUCCAUACCACGAGCUUUGAGUGGCCAAAGAACGUGGCACCGUCCGGUUUUACGAUGAAGAUGCGUAAGCAUCUGAAAAACAAGCGCCUCGAAAGCCUGCAGCAAUUAGGUGUGGAUCGCAUUGUCGACUUUCAGUUCGGAACCGGCGAAGCAGCGUAUCACAUUAUUCUGGAGCUGUACGACAGAGGCAACAUACUGCUGACGGAUUGUGAUCUGCGCAUACUGAACAUUCUAAGACCGCACGUUGAAGGCGAAGAACUACGUUUUGCGGUACGCGAAAAGUAUCCUAAGGAUCGGGCCAAACAGGAUAAUGGACCGCCGUCGAUGGAACAGAUCAAAGAAGCGAUUCAAAAGGCGCACCCGGGUGAUACGCUGCGUACGGCUCUGAACCCAAUACUGGAGUACGGUGCGUCGGUAAUCGACCAUGUUCUGCACAAGCAAGGACUGUUCGGUUGCCGCAUUGGGGGUGAACUUCCGGCCGAUCCAGCACUUCCGAAGAAGGUGAAAAAGAAACAGAAAAAUAUUGCGAAAGAGUUCGCGAAAGUUUUUAACAUGGAGACAGAUCUUGCACCUUUGAUGAGCGCCAUCAACGAUGCGGAAAACAUGCUACGGGAGGCUCAAAAACAACCUUCCCCCGGAUACAUUAUACAGAAGAAGGAAGUGAAACCGACCAAGGAAGGCGAGAAGGAAGAGUUUUACUUCACGAACUUGGAGUAUCAACCGUACUUGUACAACCAAUACCAGGGCGAACCGUUCAAGGCGUUCGACUCAUUCACGAUAGCGGUAGAUGAGUUUUACUCUUCGCUGGAAAGUCAAAAGAUUGAUCUUAAAGCCUUUGCUCAGGAGCGUGAAGCGCUGAAGAAGCUGUCCAACGUAAAGACCGAUCAUGCAAAACGUAUCGAAGAGUUGACGAAAACACAGCUCGAAGAUCGCAAGAAGGCAGAACUGAUUACACGCAACCAAGAUCUGGUUGAUAAAGCGUUGCUAGCUGUGCAGAGCGCGCUGGCAGCUCAAAUGUCCUGGACCGACAUACAGGAUUUGGUGAAGGCAGCCCAAGCGAACAAGGAUCCGGUGGCAUCCUGUAUUCGUCAGUUAAAGCUCGAAAUUAAUCACAUCUCGUUGUACCUUACCGAUCCGUACGCGUCAUUGGACGAGGAAAACAGUGAAGACGAAGAAGAGAGCGAACGGGAAGACGACGAGGCAAAGCUGGAACCGAUGGUCGUUGAUAUCGAUCUGGCCCUGUCGGCAUUUGCGAAUGCGAGGCGUUACUAUGACCAGCGUCGCUUUGCGGCACGCAAGGAACAGAAAACGAUCGAGUCUAGCUCGAAAGCGUUGAAAAACGCGGAACGGAAAACGAUACAGACGCUCAAAGAUGUCCGCACGCAGACGACGAUCUCGAAGGUGCGCAAGGUGUAUUGGUUCGAGAAGUUUUAUUGGUUUGUUAGUUCGGAGAACUAUCUGGUUAUUGGUGGGCGGGAUCAGCAACAGAACGAGCUAAUAGUGAAGCGUUACAUGAGACCGACCGAUAUUUAUGUGCACGCCGAAAUUCAGGGCGCAUCGAGCGUAAUAAUCAAAAAUCCUGCCGGUGGUGAGAUUCCACCGAAAACGCUACUCGAAGCGGGCACUAUGGCCAUCUCGUACAGUGUCGCCUGGGAUGCGAAGGUAGUAACGAGCGCUUAUUGGGUGCAUAGUGAGCAGGUCAGCAAGACAGCCCCAACGGGAGAAUAUCUCACGACCGGUAGUUUCAUGAUCAGAGGACGGAAGAACUUCCUGCCACCCUGUCACUUGGUGUUGGGCCUGUCGUUUCUUUUCAAGCUAGAAGAUAGCUCGGUCGAUCGUCAUCGCGGAGAGCGCAGGGUACGAACUUUUGACGACGAAUCGGUCAUCAGUAAGGAUGACGUUAGAUCGGAAAUAUCCGAACAGCCCGAGCAAGAAAUUCAGCUAGACGACGGUGAAUCAGAUAAGGAUGACGAUCAUGAAGCGGAAUCGUCACAGGCCCAUGGGGAAAUCGAUCGAAAAACAAAAGCAGAAGGAGGCACACUGCCUGAGAAGGUUGCAGCAUUAUCCAUAGUGAAAGAAAUGGAAGAAGAAACCAGCUCGAAAGACGCAUUGGAAGGGCAGCAACAGGAACAUGAUGAAGACCAAGGUUUGCCCCAGUUCCCGGAUACGCACAUCAAAGUGGAACACGAUACCGGCAAAGUAUCGGUACGGCCGGAUCCCAUUUUGCGGCGGUUGACAUCGGAACCGGAUGCCGAAUCGGUGAUAUUUCUCGGCGAUGACAAACCGUACAUAAUACAACCAUCCGCACCGCGCAAGAAACAGAUCUCCAAGAGCAAACAGAAGGCAAAGGAUCUAAAGGAAAAGGAACAGAAAGCGAAGGAAGCACAGAGUGCUCAGGUGAAGGAGGACCAACAGAAGCAAGGUCAGUUGAAGCGUGGCCAGAAGGCAAAGAUGCGCAAAAUCAAGGAAAAAUACAAGGACCAAGACGAUGACGAUCGGAAGCUGAUAAUGGAGAUCCUAAAAUCGGCCGGUAAUCGAAAGCAGGAUGAAGAAACGAAAGAGGAAGCGAAUGCGCGAACGGAUGGACAGGGCGGUGAGAAAAGUGGUGAUCGGAAGCGUACGCCUCGUUUGAAACCGGGAGAGUUUGAAGAGUUCGGUGAUGAUACACCGGCUGCUGCAGAUUUAGAUAUGCUGGAUGCGCUAACCGGCCAACCGGUGGAAGAGGACGAGCUGUUGUUUGCUGUUCCUGUGGUGGCACCGUACCAAUCGUUGCACAACUACAAGUACAAGGUGAAGCUGACACCCGGCACCGGAAAGCGAGGAAAAGCGAGCAAGAUGGCUCUGCAAAUUUUCCUUAAGGAUAAGCAAUGUACGCCACGGGAAAAGGAUCUGCUGAAGGCGAUCAAGGAUGAGGUGCUGGCGCGAAAUAUUCCCGGCAAGGUGAAACUGUCUGCGCCCCAGAUGCAGAAGGUACGAAAGUAA